UUUGAGAAAAUUACGCAUUAAUUAAGAAUGCGGUAAAAAAUAACCAAAAUGCCCACACAUUAUAAACUUUUCAGCUCUGACAAUUGAUGUUUACAUUAAUUAGCUUAGGUGUCCAAUUUAUUUCUUAUUCUACCAACUCAUCCCCUGGCUGCCACGUGUAUACACACCUAAAAGAAAAUUGCAUGUGACUAACGGUUAUUUUCUUAUUUCCUCUCUCUGAUUUUCUUUCUUUUAAAAUUCUUCUUGCUUUCUUUUCUCACACGAUCUUCUGUUUGUUUUCCAUCUCCCCACUACUCCAUUACUGCCGGUUAGUUUAAGCAGUUGAUUCUCAGUCGUUUGUCUAUAAAUACCGAUAAUGGUUGCUACUAGAUCUUCUCCGAAACCCAUUUCAAAAGUUCCUGAAAUUCUCACAAAAAUGAAGCGGAAGUUGGUGAAAAAAGGAGAAUUAGUUGCUGAUGGUGGUGAUUCUGGUUUACUACAGACUGAGGCUGUUGGUAAUGUGAAAAAAAAGGGUAAAAUAGGUGAAAAGGAAACUGGCAAGAAAAGGCGUUUGAAUGUCGAUGUUGGUGCUGCAGAUAUGAAGAAUAAAAAAGGAACAAUAACUAUUGAGGAACCUUCUCGUUUAGUUCAGAACUGGGAUUUUGUGUUAGCUGUUGAGGACCGUUAUAGUUGUAGAGUUGCUAUUCCUUUUAGAUACAAAAUUAUCGAAGAUAUUAAGAAAACUUUGUCUCCUCGUCAGUUAGAAUUGUUUUCUGAGACAUUUCUUGGUAAUUUUCUCAAAUUGGAGCCUUUUGUUAUUCAGCCUCAGUUGUUUCAUUCACUUUUUAUGCGUGAAGUUAAGCAUCCAAAUAACAGCGAAAUAUGGUUCAAGGUUUCUGGAUAUAAGCUUCGAUUUAGUAUAGAGGAGUUUGCUCUCAUAACCGGUUUGAAUUGUUCAGGUGAUUGCAAUACGCUUUAUUCUGUUUCAAGCAAUAAGUUAGUUGCAACUUACUUUCCUAAUAGCUCUAUUACUCGAGAGGGUUUAGGUGUUGUGUUUUUGAACACUUGUUUUAAGAGUGAUGAAGAUGCUGUUAAGCUAGCAAUUAUCUAUUUGUUUGAGUGUUUUCUAUGUUCUAGCGAAAUAAAUUCUCAGUUAGUUAGUAGGUUUCUCUUGGAUAUGGUUGAUAGUGGGGAUUUCAAUUCUUUUCCUUGGGGUAUUUUGGUCUAUCGAAACACUGUUGUUGACAUGAAGAAUAGGCUUGUUAGUAAGCAGCCUAUGAUGUACUAUAGGCUCAAUGGUUUUCCAUUAGCACUACAGAUGUGGUUUUAUGAAGUGUGUCCUGUUGCUGCUAACAAGAUUUGUCUACUCAAUGAUAAGGAGCCAUGUAUUCCUAGAAUGCUGAAGUGGCAUAUUCCUUCUAAAGUCACUGUGACUAUUAAGAUGUUAGAAGAAACGUUCUAUCAUAUGUCGCGUGAACAGUUGAAAUUGAAAAACCUUGUUCCUACUGUUGAUGAAAAAGCCAUUCUGAAUAUUGUUGGGUUUUUUCAAACUGGAAAGACAAAAAUUGUUGAAGAUGUCAAAGAUUCAAGUGAUGAUGAGAUCCUUGGUGAUUUUUUGAAAUUUAAGAAAGAAAGAAAGAUAUUUUCUGAAUUGAAGAAGUCUGUAGAUACUCUUGUGCUAAGUGAAUCUGAUACCAAAAAGCAGUUGAAGUCUAUAUUCCAUGCUUUAUAUGUGAUUGGAAAGCAUUUAGGCGUUGAGAAGCAGUUUGAUUUUGUUCCUAAUGCAAAUGAGGAUGUCAUUAAUGAGGGAAAAAAGCUUGACGAUGCAAAUCAGGAUGGCAUUACUGAGGAAAAGAAGGUUAAUGAUGCAAAUGAGGAUGGCAUUACUGAGGAAAAGGAGCUUGAUGAUGUAGAUGAGGAUAAUGAGAUAUAAUUAAUGUAUCUGCUAUGUAUCUGAUGUCUUUUUUAAGUUUCUAAUGUAUUUUUGUAUAUUUAAUGAUUCUGCUAUGUAUCUGAUGUCUUUUUUA